AUGCAAAGUAAACAGCAAGGGUUUCGGAUCGGAUCAAUAUGGGUUGCAGAUGUGGCGAAUCUAGGUGCUAGCGGUGUUGCAAAUGAAGAACUGCUCGGUGAUGAUCCGUCAUGGUUUGACCAUCCUCGUGAUAUUCUACACAUGAUCAAUCACUUUCGCCACGAGAUGCCGAGGCCCAUCAUUGGUGUAGGGCAUAGUAUGGGUGCGACUCAACUCGCUCUCUUGUCGCUUAUACAUCCCCGUCUGUUCACAUCGCUUGUCCUAAUCGAACCACCUUUCAACCAAAGUCUCUUGACUGUCCAAAUAUUUGCCCUCCUCUCAAUUAAGCGACGAGAUACCUGGGCAUCUAUAUCCGAAGCCACCAAAUCAGCCACCAGGUCAUACGCACGAUGGGAUCCUCGUGUCCUGAGGCGGUGGAACGAGCAUGGAUACCGCAGUUUACCAACAGCCAUUUACCCACGGACAGACGGGGAAGUGAGCCCCACUAACGGACCAGUCACUUUGACCGGCUCAAAAUAUCAAGAAGCCAUGCUCUUUCUCCGACCAAACUUCAUGGGCCACACUACUUCAGUACUAGCAGACCCCACCAAAACGCCGCUGCAUGACCCCCUACUAUACCCCGACAUUAUUGACCCUCCAAACCCAUCCAUGCCCUUUUAUCGAAGCGAGGCUAUCAUUGUGUUGAAGAUACUCAAACACAUCCGACCGCCUGUCUUCUAUCUGUUUGGAGGAGAGAGUCCAGUAUCAACGCCAGAGGAUCAGGCCCUAAUGUUCGAGAGGACAGGCGCAGGAUUUGGGGGAAGCGGCGGAGUGAAACAUUCCCAAGUUAAGAGGGCAACUAUAUUGGAUUGUGGUCAUAUGGUUCCCUUCGAAAACGUGGAUGAAAGCGCUUCUCUUGUUGCGAGAUGGGUUGGCCAGUCUGUACAGAGAUGGCAGACAGACGAACUGCGAGUGCACAAGAAAUGGGCUAAUCAGUCAACAAGGGAGGUGCUGACUGCGCCCGCUAAAUGGAGACCCAUGCUGGAGGAAUUUUUCAAGUCUCAAGGGCGGACAGAGAGGUGGAAAAUUUAG